UUUCGAGGUGUCGUCGGUGCGAUGAGAGUCUUUCUAUUGGUUUCAAGUGUGCUGGCUGUGGCGGUGGCCAGUCAGUGUCCGUUUGCUUCAAUGGAUCCGGUGUCCAGGACGAAGCGGGAUACUUACGACAUUCGUCCGGGCGUGAGUGAUGGCAGCUUGGAUGCUCUGAUCAAGGACUUCCUGCCCAAGUUCGAGUCGAACGCUGCUCACAAUAGUUGGGCGCCGUCUUCUGGACCCCAACAGCCCGUGAGGUGUGGGGUGCCGCCUCCAAGCUGUCUGAAUGACACACGCAACCUGCAAUACCGGAGUAUCGAUGGGUCUUGCAACAACCUCCUGUACCCGGAUUAUGGUAUUGCCGUUUCCCGGUACCGUCGCCUCUUGCCUCCCCGACAGGUUGAGCAGGCUCCAAAUGCACGCCUUAUUUCACUUUCUUUGUACGGAGAAGAGACCAGCAACGACAGAUUCCGUACCAUGGCGGCCAUGCAAUGGGGUCAGUUUGUUGCCCACGAUCUCAGCCAGUUGACGACCCAAGGAGCUCCCCGGGAUUGCUGUGCCGAGCCGAAUAAUCCCCGCUGUCAGGUUAUCAACUUGGCGCGUGGAGGACCCAUCGCAUAUCACACAGGCAAGACCUGCCUGCCCUUCGCACGCAGUGUAUCCGAGGCGGAUGCCAUUUGCCCAAGGAGUGAUGCCCCCUAUCCCGAGAAGUUGUCGGUAGCUACAGCCUACUUGGAUCUCUCUUCGGUGUAUGGCAACACACGUUCGCAGAGCCGGAAGGUGCGCCUCUUCAAGGGCGGUCUGCUGCGGACGAGCUACGUCAAUGGCCAGCACUGGCUACCGGUUAGCCAGAAUCUUGAGGGUGAGUGUGGCACCAACAGCGAGUGCUACAUUGUUCCGGACAAGCGGAAUCGCUUCCAGCCCACCGUGGCCGUGCUGCAUACUCUGAUGGUUCGGGAGCAUAAUCGACUGGCCGAGAACGUGGCUCUGCUCAACUCCGACUAUGAUGACGAGCGCAUCUUCCAGGAGGCGCGCAAGAUUAACAUUGCUCAGUACCAGAAGAUCACCUACAACGACUGGCUGCCCCUGUUCGUGGGUCGCACUUAUAGCUAUCUUAAUGGUCUGGUCUAUCCGGUGGAGCCGACCGAAUAUGUCAAUGAUUACGAUGAGACGGUUAACCCAGCUGCCUAUGCAGAGUUCUCUACCGCAGCAUUCCGGUAUGCCCAUACCCAGAUUCCCGGUUGGUUCUCAUUGGUGGCUCCCAAUCGGAGCUCCAACAAGACGCUCCGCCUGAGUGACUAUUUCGAUCGGUCGGAGACCAUCUCUUUGCUGAACAAGUACGACAACUUUGAUGCCAUGCUAAGGGGUUUGGCCACGCAGCUUCACAAGCGAUCGGAUGGUAAUAUUGAUCGUGAGCUCAAGCACUACUUCAACCGCAAGGAGUUCGAGGAAUACGGAUCUGAUCUGAAGGCUAUAGACAUCCAGAGGGCUCGAGACUUUGCCUUGGCUUCGUACAACGAUGUGCGCGAGUUUUGUGGACUAAGGCGAGCUGUUGACUGGGCGGACUUUGCUCAUGAGAUCCAGGCAGAGAAAAUCUCACUGCUGCGUCGCCUGUAUGCCACUCCUGAUGAUGUGGAGCUGAGCGUGGGUGCUACCCUGGAAUUCCACAUACCCGAGGCUCUAUUCGGACCCACUUUAUUGUGUGUAAUUGGCAAACAGUUCCACAACACCAGGCGUGCCGAUAGAUUCUUCUUCGAGCGAGAGCAUCCUGCAGGCUUUUCAAGGGAUCAACUGGCGGAGAUCCGCAAGGUCAGUUUGGCCAGCUUGUUCUGCAAUAAUGCCCAAUAUCUGCACACCAUUCAGCCAAAUGUAUUCGUGUUCCCCAAUUCCCAAAAUCUGCUCAUUAACUGCCAUGAUGUACCUCAAAUCGAUCUGAGCAAGUGGCAGGAUCUCAGGCCCCAACUUGUGCAUUAGUAUCAUCAAUGGUUUGGAGUAUCUGGAGCACAUUGGUUGGUCCAAUUAGUAUAUUCAGAUAUGACCAUUUAUCUUAAUACAUUUAUAUUGUUUGUGCUUCAAUUAACUAAUUGAAAUCAUUAAAAGUCUGCAUUAACAACUUUUA